AUGGAAAACAGCCCCCUCUACGUCCACAAAGAGUUUGAGACAACAGGGGAAGGCACUGACGAAUGGGAGGUGGCGCGAACGCGAGUGCAUCUUGGAGCCCUUAUUGGAAGCGGUGCCUUCGGCAGGGUGCACGUCGCUGAGCUCGACAUGGCAGGAGGAGAGACCACUACUGUCGCUGCGAAAAUGCUGUCAGACAACGCAUCGGAGGAAGAAAUGCAGGAUUUCCUCCGAGAAAUACUGAUGCUGAAACACGUCGGAUACCACGUGAACGUGAUAAGGCUGGUCGGGUGCUGCACUACGCGGGCGCCCCUUAUAGCCCUGUUAGAGCACGCGCCGAGGGGAGACCUUCUCUCUCUUUUGCGGGCUGCUAGAGGGAGACGCAAGCAGAACGUACAGCGCUCCAAUCCCAAGAAGGACAGCGAUGCCACGAGCAGACCCUCGGAAGGCGACUCGGAUUACACAAAUCUGAGCGAUUCUGAUCCGACGCUGACCGACGAGAAGCUAUACGGAGACAAGAGUGAGCGUGGCAGGGACCACUACGUGGCAGAGCCCGCCCUUCAGCUGGACAGCGGGACCAUGAGGGAAUACGCCCUACAAGUAGCCUUGGGUAUGAGGCAUUUGGAGGAAAGGGGAAUAACUCACCGAGACCUGGCGGCGCGGAACAUUCUGGUCGACGGCGCCGGUGUGCUCAAAGUGGCCGACUUCGGGCUCUCCCGCUCCGGCGUGUACAUCCACACGCGCGCCAGGCCCGUGCCCCUGCGCUGGCUGGCGCCGGAGGCCAUAUUCCACGCGCAGUACUGCGGCGCCAGCGACGUGUGGGCGUUCGCCGUUCUGCUUUGGGAGAUCGCCACACUGGGUGGUUUCCCGUACGCCGAGCUGAGCAACCACCAGGUGCCCGCGUACCUGACCGGCGGCGGGCGGCUGCCGAGGCCGGCGCGCGCCUCGCCCAGCCUGUACGAGCUGAUGGGCGAGUGCUGGGCCGACGAGCCCCACGAGCGGCCCACCUUCGCCCGCAUAGUGGACAAGCUGGCCGCCCAGCGGCAGCUCUACGUGGACCUGGAGCUGCCGCCGGGGCUGUUCCCCACCGAGGAGCGCGUCACCCACCUCAGCGACUACUUCAGCAACUCGAGCGGCGACAGCGCCCCCCGG